GCAGCGAUGAGGCAAACUGAAAACCGUCUUCUGAGCUGAUGUUAGAGGCUACUGGAAUACAUACACCCAUCGAUAGACCACAUUUGGACUCCUAACAUGAAUUUGGCAUUUCUUGCUGUAAUUGCCGCGCUUCAGAUUGCGAAUAGCGGUGUGUGUUUCUCCAGCAGCGUCCCUUCAUUCAUCCUGCCGUUCACAGACUGCCUGCACAGCCGUGGGAAAGACGGUUUCUACCGGGGAGCAAUAGAUGUCACCGAGUCCGGGAGUCGGUGCAUGAACUGGACGGAGGUGGCCGGCUUCAAGGAGCGCUACCCGGGAAAAGGAUUAGGAGAGCACAAUCACUGUCGCAACCCUGACGGCAGGAUUAGACCCUGGUGCUUUUUUAGGAACCAAAGAGGGAGAGUGGACUGGGGCUAUUGCGACUGUAAACAAGGUUCUGUGCGUUUGCAAGGAGGCCGCUCCAAGCUUGAUGGCAGGGUGGAAGUCUAUCUUGAAGGAGUGUGGGGGUCUAUCUGUAGCGAUGACUGGGGUGACGAAGAUGCAGCAGUGGUUUGCAGACAGCUGGGCAAGGGAGUCUCAGGUAGUGCACGUGCAGUUCCCCUGUUCCGCCCAGGCCUGGCUAAGCUCCACUGGAGGGCUGUCCAUUGCCAGGGAGAUGAGACUGAUUUGCUCCAGUGUCCAAAGACCACCUGGAAUGGAGGGGAGUGCUCCACAGAAGCAGCCAUCACCUGCACCCAACAGCAAGUUUCAGUGAUCAUGUCACUCCCCAUCCGUCUGGUGGGAGGCCAGUCAAAGUCAGAGGGCACGGUUGAAGUUUUCCAUGCAGGACAAUGGGGUUCAAUAUGUGAUGACCAAUGGGAUGACAGCGAUGCAGAGGUGGUGUGUCGACAGCUAGGGUUAAGUGGUGUGGCCAGGGCAUGGGGCCAAGCACAUUUUGGCAAAAGUUCAGGACGUGUGUGGCUGGAUGAGGUGCGCUGCACUGGCAAUGAACUCACUCUGGAGCAGUGUCCCAAAAGUGGCUGGGGGGAGCACAACUGUCUGCACUCUGAGGAUGCAGGAGUGUCCUGCAACCCUCUGACAGAUGGUGCUGUUAGGCUUGCGGGGGGUAAGGCCGGCAACAAGGGACGUUUGGAAGUCUUCUACCGAGGUCAGUGGGGUACGGUGUGUGACGAUGGUUGGACAGAUUCCAACACUCAAGUGGUUUGCCGACAGCUUGGUUACAGAUUAGGUGAGACUCUCCUCUCUGAAGGACUGGACAUCACACCAGUCCCACGCUUUGGGGUGGGGUCAGGUCCAAUACUUUUGGAUGAUGUGAGCUGCACAGGGAAGGAACCAAGUAUAUUACUGUGCAACAAGAGGGAAUGGCUCCGUCAUGACUGCACACAUAAUGAAGACGUUAACAUCGCAUGCAGCCCUGAACGCAUCGGAGAAAGUCUUCCAACCAGUGUUCCACUGAGGCUUGUGGGAGGAGAGAGCCCCAGGGAAGGACGGGUGGAGCUCUUUCUGGCCAGUCAAUGGGGGACUGUGUGUGACGACGGAUGGACUGAUCAUGACGCUGAGGUGGUUUGCCGUCAGUUGGGGUACAGUGGAGAGGCGAAGGCCCGCGUGAUGGCAUACUUUGGGGAGGGGACGGGCCCCAUCCACGUGGACAAUGUAAAAUGCAGCGGCGAGGAACGCUCCAUAGCAGACUGCAUCAAACAGGCACCGGGCACACACAACUGUCGCCAUAGCGAGGAUGCCGGGGUCAUCUGUGACUAUGGUGAAUCACAGCCAAGCUACAAAGAGGUUAAAGGUCACACAGGUCUGUUUUUCAAUCCUGCCAACUCAAUCUGUGGUCUGCGGCUCAAGCACACUCGCCAGCGCCGAAUCAUAGGAGGAGAAAACUCUCUGAGGGGUGGCUGGCCGUGGCAGGCAGCGAUUCGUUUGCGGGGAUCUCGAGGGGAUGGGCGGUUGGUGUGUGGAGCGACUGUAAUCGACACCUGCUGGGUCCUCACCUCAGCACACUGCUUCAAGAGGUAUGGAAACAGUACCAAGCAGUAUAAAGUCAGAGUGGGCGACUACCACUCCCUUGUCCCUGAAGAGUAUGAAGAGGAGUACGCUGUCGAUCAGAUUGUCCUCCACCCUAGCUACCACUCCCAAAGCAACGAUUACGACCUGGCCUUGGUCCGUCUGUCACCAGGAGCAGUGGGCCACAUGCCGGGAGAGUGCGUGUCAUUCAGCCGACAUGUUCUUCCUGCCUGUCUGCCCAUGAGGAAAGAGAGAGUGUUGAAGCAAGCGAGUAACUGUCACAUCACCGGCUGGGGUGACACAGGCCGCUCAUACUCAAAGACCCUGCAGCAGGCCCCCCUCUCCUUACUCCCCCGCCGUCACUGCCAGCAGCAUUUCCAGAGCGCUUUCACGAGCCGCAUGCUUUGUGCCGGCAGCAUCCAGCCAGAGAGGCGUGUGGACAGUUGUCGUGGUGACAGCGGAGGUCCGCUGGUGUGCGAGCGUCCGGGAGGGGGUUGGGUAGUUUAUGGGGUCACGUCCUGGGGCCACGCCUGCCGGACUCAACAGUCCCCAGGGGUCUAUACGAAAGUCUCUGCAUUCACCUCCUGGAUACACAAGGUGAUGGGUCGUGAUGGCAGAAAAAGACGGGAUGCUGAAAGGUGAAACAGAAAUUACAGCUUACACUUGAUCAGAGAGAUUACUCUGAAGAUUUGCACAAAAACUGAACAACCACAUAUUAUAAUAUCAUGUAUGUGAUGAAUAUAAAUCGGAUAACUUGACUGUAAAAUCAAAAGACAAAGAAAAGCCUAACCUUUACACCUAAAAACUUUCUAUACUUUGGAGAGAGGAAGGCUUUUGUUUCAUUUAUCUAAACCAGAAGCACUUAUUUUAAUGAUUUUAUUAUGUGAGCUGUAAGAUUAUGAACAGUAUUAAAUAUAAACUCAAAGAAUGGUCAUUACUUAAAUAUCUUCUUGUUAUAACUGGACAUGACACUUCAUGUAUGUAUUUUUUAUUCUUUUUUUUUUUUUGUUUGUUUUGUUUUUCUGUCAAAAUGUUGUUUCGUUAUUUAUGCUGUUGAGCUUGUUAAAAAGGGACCACAGUAUUAAAACCAAUAUGCAUUAUAAAGCAUGCACCCUUCACACUAUUGGCAUGAAUUUGGAGACUUGCACUAAAAACUCCUUUAACUUAAUGCAUGGUAAUCAGUCAUUUUUCCAUAGUGUAAUGUUCUUAAACCUCAUUUCAUACUUGUUUAUGUGAUGUUUUUUAAUGUGAACUUUGUUUUAUUGUGUAAAAAGCAGAUUUUGUCUUAGUAAUUACUCAGGCAUUUAUGCAGUUUAAUCGAUCAGUAUCUGUCCCUGUCUCAUUGCUGCUUGACAGUUUCACAGAAAAGAAAGGACUGAAGGGUUUCUCAAUCAAAGCACAAGACAGCAUUUCACUGUGUUGAUUCAUCUUAUCAACACAUGCAAAUCUGUAUUUGGGAUAGUUUGAGUUGUCAAGCAAGACAAUCUGGUACACUUGAAAAGAAAAACAGCCAUUACACUGCCUUUUUUAUUUUGUAUUGAUUAUGUUGUUUUAAUGUAAUGUAACAUUUAUUCAUAAUCACGAUUUUGUAUUAAAAACUGUUUUGUGUUUAGUUAUAACAUUACAAAACCAUUUAAUUAUGAUGUCUUUUACUCACUGAUAAAACCAGAUUGGUUUUUGGGCAUACUUUUUCCGAGUGGCUCUUCAACUUUAAUCGAAGUGUCUGUCAUUCCCACACAACUGGAACGUGAAAGAAGCUGGAACAGACAGAAGUGUUUGAGGUUUGUUUCUAACCACAGACUGUCAAAGUGAGCACCAGCAUGUCAGACAAUGUGAACACACACAGCAACGCACACUGUCUUCAGGAAUUACAGCCAUUUUCACGCUUGUCCUCAUUUAGUAGGUAAACACAUUGUGUGUACUUGACAAUCAUUUGAGAAAUGGGACCAAUUGUAAAGCUGCAAGGAGUCACAGAGAACAAAUGUUUUAAAUAAUCUCUAUAGGAGCUGUUUUAUGUAAAUAAGUGUGAUUUUAAAUUUAUGACUGCUGCAUUCAAAUUGAUUUUUAUGUCAACUCUUCUCAUUGUAUCAAGGCACAUUAUUACUCAUUGAAAUGGUGUGUUUCUUUUUCCUUUUCUGCAUGUUUCAAACUGUUAAUACAGUGCCUAUAAAA